UAUGUCUGCUUACUUUGUGGUUUGUAUUUGUUUGGGAAGGAAGUUUGGCGGUUGUGUGGCUCCUGGGACACACUCAGCUUUUGAGACACAAUGGUUUCUGGGAACAGGAUCCUGUUCCUUUGCUUGGCAUUAUUUAUUUGGAGAAAUGCUAGUGGACUUGGAGUCUGGCAAAACAGACCUGCUAACUACUGGCAAAGUGGUGGUGUUUCCAAAAGCUUUGGAGAUACAGCUCUGUCCCCUGCCCAGCAAGGCUUCAGCAGCUCUGCAAGUGGAGUACAAACUGCAGUGGGUGAUGUUGGUUCUGCUCAGCCUCUGAGUACUUCUGGUAGUGGAGACUCUGUUGCUAAUGUUCCUGGAUUCCUAAGGCAGUACACAAUUUCCCGAGACCAGAAUGUCCUCAGCCCAUUCGGUUCCUUUCCCCAGUCUCAGGCUGGCUACACAGCUCUGUCUUCAGUUUCAUCAGGGGGAUUAAGUUUGCCACUUCAGAGCACUGCUAACCAGGCUGCCCUUGGAUUUCAGAACCAAUUAGUGAGUAGUCCAGUCUCUUCAGCCCCAAGUUCAGCUAGCCAGUCUCUUUCCUCUCAGCAGAGCAGCUUGCAGUUUGCAUCUCCAGGCCAAGCAACUUCUUCUCUGCCUCAGAGCUUUACAGCUAAUUAUGUCUUUGGCACCCAGACCCAGCCAUCAAGCCCUGGCACAGUAUCCCUGAGUGUGGCAAGUGACUUCCCAACCACCUCCCAGCAAGCUAGCUCUGGUUCCCAGUCAGCAGUAGGUACACUGUAUGCUCAACCUUCAAACUGGUAUUCCUUUACACUGGGUCAGGCACCUUCCCAAUCUGCUACUGCCUCAUACAAGCCUGUGUCUCAAUCCCAGAGUUCAACCAGCCAGAGUUCAGCCAGCCAGUCUUCUGCCUUGCAGCAAAGCAGCUUGCAGUUAGCAUCUCCAAGCCAGGGCACUGCUACUGUUCCUGGAAUCCAGGUGCAAACUUCAAGCCCAGUGACCUCAACCCUGAGUUUAGCAAGCAACCUGCCCACAACUUCCCAACAAGCUACAUCUGGUUCCCAGUUAGCAACAGGUACACUGUAUGGUCAACCCUCUAGCUGGUUUUCCUCUACACAGGGUCAAAGUUUUCAGACUGCUUCCCAGUUUGGUGCUUCCCAAGACCGAUCUGCAUCUUCCUCACAAGGUUCAGUAAGUCUGUCUAGUUCUACACUUCAAACGCCUUCCCAGUUUCAGGCUACCCCAUACAAACCUGUACUUACAUCCCAGGGUUCAGCUAGUCAAUCCCUUACAUCACAGCAGAGUAGCUUGCAAGUAACCUCUCCAAGCCAGGGAGUUUCUUCUCAGCCUUUGACCCUUUCAGGUAGUUAUGCCUUUGGGACCCAGACCCAGCCAUCAAGACCUGUGACCGUACCCCUGAGUGUAGCAAGUGAUUUCCCCACAACCUCCCAGCAAGCUAGUUCUGUUUCUCAAUCAGCAGCAGGUACACUAUAUGGUCAGCCCUCUAGCUGGUAUUCCUUUACACAGGGUCAGACACCUUCCCAAUCUGUUACCACCUCAUACAAACCUGUGUCUCUGCCCCAGGGUUCAGCUAGCCAGUCUUUUGCCUCACAGCAAAGCAGCUUGCAGUUAGGCUCUCCAAGCCUGGGCACUGCUUCUGUUCCUGCAAUCCAGAUGCAAUCUUCAAGCCCAGUGACCUCAACCCUGAGUUUGACAAGCAACCUUCCCACAAGCUCCCAGGCCCAAACUAGCUAUGUGUUCCAGUCAGCAACAGAUCCACUCCAUGGACAGGCCUCUAGCUUGUAUUCCUCUACACAAGGCCAGGGUGUUCAGAUUGCAUCCCGGUCUGCAGAUGCCCCAAACACCCUUGGAGUAGCUGUAAUUGGUGUGUAUACUGCCGGACCAGCUCAGUGGUAUAGGGUAGAUCCUUUUGGCCGGACUAGCCAAAUCAAUGUGCUGCAGUCCCCAUCUCAGGCCACAGGGAGUCUAGGUAGCCAGGCAGCAUCAAGCAGCUCUACCACUACAUCUCAAAGCCAAAGCACCACAGGGUCUGUUGGGUUUGGCUUCCAAAGCCAGAGUGCACCAGCUUCAACCAGCUUCAAGCUUCCAACCUUGACCCAGGGUGCUGCCCAGCUUCCAACCUUGACCCAGGGUGCUGCCCAGCUUCCAACCUUGACCCAGGGUGCUGCCCAGCUUCCAACCUUGACCCAGGGUGCUGCCCAGCUUCCAACCUUGACCCAGGGUGCUGCCCAGCUUCCAUCCUUCACUGCUGCCAACCCCUCUGCCUCUGUGUCUCAGCCAUCCCAGGGGGAGCAGAGCUCAUGGAGAUCUUCAGGUGUGUCUACAUCCUUUGGCCAAAGCUCUUCUGGACAGGUUGCCCCUGUAGCCACUACACAACAGUUCUCCUCUGGAUGGCAAGGCCCUGUCUUUUCUGGCACUUUCCCCUCCCAAUCUGCAAGCACCUCGCCAAGCUCUGGCAGCUAUGGAUCUACAUUUCAAAGCAGAACAACCCAGGUAGGAAGCUUUGACCAGUUCAGCCAAGUAAGCAGCCCUCUAUCUGUAGCCUCCACAUUCACUAAAGGUAUCCCAACCAGCUUUGGACUUCUGCAAGGCUACAGAAGCCAGCCUAUUGACUUCAGACCUGCCACCCAGAGAGGCAGUGACUUUUUGGUCAAUUAAUAAUUGAUGGCAUGUGUGUAUGCAAGUUUAACUUUUGUAUGAAGAAUUUGUAAUAAAAAAUAUAUUGUCAUUUAAA